GGUGCUCUGAUCAGGAGGUAAAUCACGCGAUCUGGUUAGGCUCCUUCGGAGGGGGACAAGUUCUAUUUGACCUGAGAUAUUUGUUGCACAACAACCCGAGCUGGUCCCGAACCAUCGAAGAGGACACUGAAAGCUGUCCAUGCUAAAUGACUCCGAGGCCGCAAGAUUGAUUCCGAAAGAGCCACUUCGGCGAACAUUUCAAAGUGGGGAAAGCGAUUCCGUUGCCUUCUCGGCUUCGGUUUAACCCGCCAUCUGCUCCUAGAGGGAUGCAAAGCCAGAGGACUUGAAUUGAUUGGAGAAUAUUCUCAAGCAGCGAUGAGAAGCAGCUAGCCACCACCUGAAACGAUAGCAUCGUUCAUAGCAAUGGAUCCCACUGGCUACACCGUGGGCAAGAUGAAAAGAAUGCUGAAGCAGAUCACGAACUGUCAAAGCAAGAUUAAGUGUAGAUAGAGAGACCCGCAAUGAAAUCAAACCAACAGACCGUCGAUCUACGAGCAUUUAUCGA